GUAACAGGUCGUCGCGAGUUAAAAACGUGGAAGAACGAGUGCGCUCACAAGUCUUGUUUGUUUUUGUUGCCAACUAGACGAGUCCCUGCAGUUUUCCUUGAACAUGUUUUUUUAACAAGAAAGAGAGCUUGUGAACAAGGGCCUCUAACGAACGUAAUAGCUGUAAAUCGUGGUGGAAAGUGCCUCGUUAUUUUAUCGAUCCCGGUGUUCAUUUAUUUUUCGUUGAAAAAGAUAAUUUAUAAAACACGUUUGUUGUAACCUUCCAUCGUCCAUCAUGUCUGUGGUAGCAAACUGAAAAUUCCGGUAGAAAAUCGAAAAAUCCAUCAUGUCCGUCAGUCCAUCAGUCAGCAUCUCUCGUGUGAUCCCAAUGGCAGGCAGCCUGAUGUUGUUACUGUUGCUGCUGUUGUGUCACUCCACCGGAUGCGCCAAUCUUACUCCAGAACCGUCUGAACCGUCCCGACCUGCUCUAAAAACGGCCCGUUUAAAUGUGAAUCAAACUCGACUGGCCACAACGACUACAACAACAACAACAACAACAUUAUCUCCUGUCGGAGCCAAAACAACGACUCGGACGUCUAACAGCGGUGGCGGCGUCAAAAUAACGUCAAAACCAGACUGCAAAUGUCGUCCCGAAGAGUUUACCUGUUCUUCUUCUAUGUCUACCGGUAGCAGCUCAACCAGUAAUAACAGUCGCCGUAAGGGCCAACUGUCCUUCACUGUCAAGCAACAUAAAAGCCAAAACGGCACCACAAACGGCCAAAAGAGCACCAAUGUCUUGGCUGUUCAGCAGCAACAAGGAUCCGGCUGCGUCUGCAUCCCUUUGUCGUGGAUGUGCGACGGUAAUCAAGACUGCGAUCACGGCGAAGAUGAAACCGAUUGCAGCGAAAUCGCGUGUCAAGGCAUCCGUUGCCGGAGCGGCUCGGGAGGACAGACGACACCUCGAUGCAUUCAACCCGAAUGGCUUUGUGAUGGCGAUGACGACUGUGGCGACAAUUCUGAUGAGAUCCAUUGCGAAGUCAGUCGAAAUUGCACGGCUAGUUCUUUUCGAUGCCCCAACAACGGCAAUUGCAUCCCGCAAGUUUGGGUGUGUGAUGGCGAUCCGGAUUGCGACGGAGGGGCUGACGAGCGAGACUGUUCCGUUUUGCUGACGAGGACGUGCCCGCCAUCGCAGCAUCGCUGCGGCAAUGGCGCCUGUUUGCCGGCCGAAUGGCGCUGUGAUGGCGAUCCAGACUGUUCCGACAUGUCGGAUGAAAUGGGGUGCCAACAAACGGGAGACGGCGGAGCAGAUGGAGCCUUCGAUCAAAACUGUGGAGCCGAGGAGUUCCAGUGCGCAUCCGGGCAUUGCAUCAAAGGAGCCUAUCGCUGCGACGGAGAAAUCCAUUGCAAAGAUGUCAGUGAUGAACUAGAUUGUGGUUCGUUACUUCGGCGCUGCGCCGACGGAGAUUUUCGUUGCCCUGACGGCCAAUGCAUUGCCCAGGCUUGGAGAUGUGAUGGCGAACAAGACUGCGAGCCGGGAGUAGAUGAGGAAAACUGCGACAGCAACACUGUGGCCGGUGGAGCUAGCCACACUUGCGGGCCUAACCAGAUGGCUUGCUCAUCUUCUACUGGGAAAAAUGGCUCUUGCAUCUCGACUUCCUGGCUCUGCGAUGGUGAAACCGACUGUCCAGACGGCCAAGAUGAACAAAACUGCCCAGCCAAUCACUGCGGUAAAGACCAGUUUUCCUGCACCAACGAUACAUGUGUCGGAUUCAGUCGUGUUUGCAAUGGCGAACGUGACUGUCCUGGAGGUGAGGACGAACUCGAUUGCACAAUCCAAAAAGAAUGCGACGCUGGAAGCCGAUGCCAGCACACUUGUCUCGUUCUAUCCAACGGAACGGGCACUUGUGGAUGCAGGAGCGGAUUUCGGUUGACCAACGAUGGUGUUUCUUGCGUCGAUGUCGACGAAUGCGCAACUGAAUCGUAUUGCAGCCAAUUGUGUACCAAUACGGUGGGUGGAUUUAGUUGUAGCUGCGUCGAUGGCUACGUUUUACGUCCCGACAAGACGUCGUGCAAAGCCCUGGGACAGCCUGUCCGCCUCAUCUUUGCCAAUCGAGUCGACAUUCGUCAAGUUUCACUCUUUGAGGAAGAAUACACUUCAGUCAUUGAUGGGCUUCAAAAUGCCAUCGCCCUCGAUUUUCACUACCGUAAAGGAAUCGUCAUUUGGUCGGACGUGACACUCGACGUUAUCAAACGGGCGUAUCUCAACGGUACAGCUAUGCCCGACGCCGUUUGGUGGGGCCUAAAGAGUCCAAGCGGAGUAGCUAUCGAUUGGAUUCACGAUAAUUUGUACUGGACGGAUUCUGAAGUGCGAAGGAUUGACGUGAGUUUAUUAGACGGAACUAUGCGCCGAACUCUCGUCUGGGAAAACGUCGAGAAACCUCGAGCCAUUGCGGUUCAUCCAGGAGCAGCGGCUGUCUUUUGGACCGAUUGGGGACACCAACCGCGAAUUGAACGUUCAGACAUGGACGGAUCUAAUCGGCAGAUUCUGGUGACGGAAAACCUCGUUUGGCCUAACGGACUAACCAUCGACUACACGGUCGAUCACAUUUACUGGGCUGACGCAAAGCACCACGUCAUUGAAAGUGUCAGGCUCGAUGGUAGCGGCCGGAGGAGAGUGAUGGAACGCGGAUUACCGCAUCCCUUCGCCAUCACCAUCUUCGAGGAUUCCCUCUUUUGGACUGAUUGGCACACCAAAAGUAUUCAUCAAGCGAAUAAACUAACCGGCCACGAUAUCCGAACGGUGCGGACCAACUUGCAUUAUCCAAUGGACAUCCACAGCAUUCACCCUUUAAGGCAACCGGAUUAUGCGAACCGUUGUGGUAGUAAUCGAGGCGGUUGUUCGCAUCUUUGCUUACCCAACCGAUCGUCUUACACGUGCGCUUGUCCACCUGGAUUACAACUGAUCUCGCCCGGUGGUCGCACUUGCACUAGCCAGCCAGGAGAGUUGCUGAUUUUCGCUCAAAAGUCGGAAUUGAGAAUGUUCCCGCUCAACAUCACCGGUGAAGUGGAUCACGUUCUGCCAUUGACGGGAGUACGGUCGGCUGUCGCUCUCGACUGGGACGGUGCCAGUCAGACCAUUUUUUGGACCGACGUCCAGUCGGAUGUCAUCAACCGAGCCUUCUGGAACGGUUCCAACCAACAGACGCUUGUCGCCGACGAUCUGGAAUCGCCAGCCGGUUUGGCCGUUGAUUGGGUGACGGUGCCGGGAAAACUGUACUGGACCGAUGCUGGAACGAAUCGCAUAGAAGUGAGCAACUUGGAUGGCUCUUUGCGGAGUUUGUUGAUCUGGGAUGGACUGGAUAGACCCAGAGACAUCGUCGUAGAUCCAAUUGGCGGCUACAUGUACUGGACCGAUUGGGGUCAGACACCGAAAAUCGAACGAGCUGGCAUGGAUGGCUCACAGCGCUCUGUUAUCGUCAUCAGUAAUCUGACGUGGCCAAAUGGGUUGGCCAUCGAUCACGAAGGCGAGAGACUUUAUUGGGCCGAUGGAGGCACUAAAGCUAUCGAGUACGCUUCGUUGGACGGAAAGAAUCGGACUGUGCUGAUCAGCGCUGAACUUCCCCAUCCGUUCGGAUUGGCUUUGUUCGAAAACCAAAUAUUUUGGUCCGAUUGGGACACGGCUGCCAUUCACAGCACUGACAAACUCAACGCCAAGCGGCGCACUAUGAUCCGUUCCGGACUAGAGGAUUUAAUGGACGUUCGAGUCUACCAUUCGAACCGCUAUUCCGUACCAUCACUGUGCCAAUCGCACAAUGGUGGAUGUUCUCAUCUAUGUUUGCUGGCCCCCCUUCCUGCUGGCCAUUCGUGCGCUUGUCCUACUGGAAUUAAACUUUCCGCGGAUGGGCGAACCUGUCGGUCCUCUCCCUCUACUUCGCUUAUUUUCGCACAACGUUCCAAGCUCCGCCGAAUGUCUCUCGAUAUGCCCUACCUGAUCGACGUCGUUCUCGAUUUGCCCCCUCAAAAGAACGUGGUGACGCUGGAUGUUGAUCGCGUGACGGGGCACGUCAUAUGGUCGGAUACGACCCAAGACAAAAUCUUCCGCACUUUACCUGUAGGCACGUCAGCUCCCUCUGCCGUAGAGGUUAUCGCCUUUAACUUAGACACUGUAGAAGGAUUGGCCAUCGACGAGAUUAACCGAAAACUGUAUUGGACUGAUGCGGGCCGUUCUAGUCUUGAAGUGGCCGAACUUGAGGAUGGCACCAACCGAAAAGUUUUAAUUUGGACCUUGAUGGAUAAGCCCAGAGGUCUUGUCCUUAGUCACUCUACGGGCAUCUUGUUCUGGGCCGACUGGGGCAAACAGCCGAGGAUCGAACAAGCGGAUAUGGAUGGACGUAACCGCAAAGUGUUGGUAUCCACUGACCUCGGCUGGCCUAAUUCGUUAACAGUUGAUCACGCAGCCAAUACGCUCUACUGGACAGACGCCCGAAAGAAAACCAUCGAAUCCUGCGAUCUAUCAGGUCUUCAUCGUCGAGAAGUAUUAAGCGGAUUGUCGCAUCCAUAUGGCAUCACAGUACUAGAUUCGUAUAUCUACUGGACUGACUGGGAGACCAAGUCGUUGCAAAGGGCUGACAAGAAUACGGCGCUUGAUCGAUCGACAAUUCGCGCUGGCCUUGACGAUCUCAUGGACAUAACAGCUUGGAAGGAGACGGAUGUUUCGUCUCACCGAGAGAACCCAUGUGGGAAAAACAAUGGAGGAUGUUCGCAUUUAUGUCUGCGGAGUCCUUGGGGUCGCGGCUACUCUUGCAGUUGCCCUACCGGCAUCCUGAUGAGUCCCGACGGAUCGACAUGUCAGGCGUCACCGAAUUCAUUUUUGCUUUAUGCCACACGCAAUACACUUUCGAGCAUUUCGUUGGACACGGCCGAUCAGUGGGACGUGGCUCUUAACGUUCCCGGUGUCCACAAUGCGAUUGGCGUCGAUUUUCAUUGGGUUCGCCAGCGAUUUUACUACACCGAUGUCUAUUUGGAUGUCAUCCGCAGCGUCGAUGCCCGUAAUGUUUCCAAUGUCGAAACACUCGUUUCCAGCAAUUUAACUACACCAGACGGACUUGCUGUUGACUGGCUGGCUGAUAACCUCUACUGGACGGAUGCGGGUCGUAACGUGCUAGAAGCAUCGCGUCUAGAUGGAACCAACAGAAAGAUUAUCAUCGGUAGCGGAUUGGACGAACCCCGCGCAGUUGCCGUCUUUCCUCAGCGAGGGCUGCUCUACUGGACAGACUGGGGGCAGAGUCACAAAAUCGAACGUUCAUUUUUAGAUGGAUCGAAUCGAGUCGCCAUUGUCACUUCGGAACUAGGAUGGCCAAAUGGUCUCGCUAUCGACUACGAAGGCCAGCGACUUUACUGGGCUGAUGCUCAACUUGAUCGAAUCGAAACGUCCGACUUAAGUGGCCGCUUCAGGGUCCAACUAGUGCAAGGUGCCACUCACCCUUUCGGCUUAACCCAACUGGGCGGAUUUCUUUAUUGGACCGAUUGGAGGAGUAAGUCGAUCGAGCGUGUGGAUAAAGCUACGGGCAAACAGCGAUCAGUUUUGCGUCACGGCUUGGAGGGUUUGAUGGAGAUCAGGGCUGUGGCCAGAGAAAAACAAUUGGGCAAAAAUCCUUGUUCCACCGGCAACGGAGGCUGUACUCAUCUUUGUCUUUUCCGAGCUCUCUCAUACGUCUGCGCUUGUCCAGACAUUCCCGACGAAAUUCCUUGUUCUUUUUCUGUUGUCAACAUUUCCGCGAGCGAAGAUUACUGGAGUCCGGCAUUGGAUCCAUUCGAGAAUGAUUUAGAACCUACUGGCGAUUUGUAUCCUCAUAAUCCGUUCCGUCUAGAUCCGAGUGCAAGCGCAGGUGUCCUCCAUCCGUCCAUGAUCGUUCUCUUAGUAGUGGGCAUGGCUGCUCUUUUAGCCGCAAUGGCUGUUCUAUUGAUCAAGUGGCAGCGUCGUCGUUACCGCGACUGUCCUUGGAACUCGAGUCGUGGACCUCGGCAGCCGCAGCAAGUCUCCGUCCUGACCUUCACCAAUCCGAAUUACUCACCGUCGGCUCCUGACGUCGUUGUUGCAGAAAAGAAAGGGUUCUCGUGGCAACGAUGGAAAUAUGACCGUACUCAAGAACGUGUGUACGACAUGCAGGACGAGAAACAAAGCCAGACAGAAGCUGCUUCGUUGAUUCCGCACAGUCAGCCACCGCCGGAAGUGGAAACGGAUCUGGAAGCUGAAACCGAUGUGAUUGAAUCGUCUUCGGGCCCAUCGUCUACUCCGCCGCCGACCCCACCUCUGCGGAUGGAUUCGAUCUGCCUACAGUGAGUUUGGCACAGUAUUGCAACGAGGGAGUGACGUCGUCAUGGAUGCCACACAGGUUUGAAUUUAGGAGAAAGAAAGAAUGCUGUGAUUAUGAAACAUUAGAACAAAUGGUUUGACAUGCUAGAGGUGGACGAUGGCUCAACACGCAAAACUUUCUACUGCACAAUAUUGUCUCACUCGGAAGUUGUCUGGGUGUGACUGAUUCCUUCCGAUGAGGCAGCUUAAAAAUAAUUUAACAUUUACCAUAACUCGACGUGUGCCAUACCAAUUAUCUUAAAAAAAACACCUAAAUUGAUAUACAUGUUAUGUUAGAGGAUUGGGUACGAUUGCCUACAAUGUCUUAUCGAAUUUGAUGUUAUGACACGAUUGAUCUCGAUGUUAUUCUGUGUAAAUAACUUUUUGCCAUUCAAGUAACACUUGUGACAUUUUAUUUGGAUGACGUUAAACCUUGCGGGAUGAAGGACUUGCUUUUACUUGAGUAACGUUCCUCUGCCAUGGCAAUGUCUAGUCUAAAACGUGUCGCUUUUGACACGCUUGUAAAUAUGAAUGUCGAAUUCGAUUGAGAUUCAAUAACAGUCCUUCGACAUUCACCCAGAGAUCGCUCUUUGUCUCGCAGCUUAAUGACUGUUUUUAGUUUACGAGAUUGACUUGUUUUUGCAAUGUCGUAACUGUAAAGCCGAAAUUCAAAAACAAAUGUAUAAUACACAAAGGAUAAAUCAA